AGAAUGCUUCAGCAAAAAGCACUGUGCCACCUAGGGAAUUAUGUCUACACGGUCGCUACCAGUUAUGUGAUUGGGUCAAUUGGUUCCCCUGGGGUGAGUGUUCGAAUGGCUGUGGGACCGGCGUUCGGAUCCGGAGAAAGAUGAUAUGUUGCUCUCGAAACAUUAGAAUAAACAAUGCCAGCAAGUGCGUGGUAGAUUUGUGUAAGUUCUCGAUGCAACAAUUCCAGGAAAAUAUCACCUGUACUUCGACAAAAGAUUGUCCAAAAGAUACAAAGAAUGCGACCGGGGCGGAUGAAAGCGCUGGCAUUGGCUAUGAGGGAAAUGAAUUUAUUUCAGGAUCUAGAAAUGUUGGUGGUGGAUCCAAGUGUGGCGUUUGGUCACGAGGGCAGAUCAAUACGGUAGAUCUUUUCCCGACAGCAGUGGGCGUUAUCCUGGGUCUGGCCGUCCUGACUACCACGUGCAUUUGUUGCUUCUUUCUCUGCAAGCGUUGGUCGGAUGAAAAGAAGAAGAAAAGGAAAAAGUUCAAAAGAUGGGACAAGAAGGUUCGACCACUUCCACAAUCUCGACGAGUAAACAUACCCAUCGGUUGUACUGUCAAAAAUGUGUAACAUCAUGCACAAUUUGAUGCUGUAUUAGUUUACUCAUGUACAUAUGUAAUGACUUUGAUAACACAUUUUAGAUUUUUGUGAUUAUCUAAGGUACCAUCUAAUUCCACAAGAGUUUAUUUUCUCUUCAUGCCUAGUCCAGUUUCCAAUCCUCUCCAAAAUGUCGCUCAGUAUCACAAUAUGAUAGUUAAAAAUCGGCAAGCGCACAUUAUGGAGAAUAUGCCAGCAGAAAAAUUCGUAAUGCUACAUGCAUAUCUACGGAAAGGCAUUAUGCACUGUAUAUA